CGGGCUGGAGCUGGCAAGAUGGCUGCGCAGGCGAUGGCGCUCCUGAGGGAGGUGACGCGGUUGGAAGCGCCGCUGGAGGAGCUACGUGCACUGCAGUCCGUGGUGCAGGCCGUGCCGCUCAGCGAGCUUCGAGAGCAAGCGGCGGACUUGCGCCUCGGCCCGCUCUUCUCUCUGCUUGACGAGCACAAUCGGGAGCAGACCACUUUGUGUGUAUCCAUUCUGGAGCGUUUGCUCCAAGCUGUGGAGCCAAUUCAUGUGGCCAGAAACCUCAGGGUUGACCUACAGAAGGGACUGACUCACCGUGAUGAUUCUGUAAAAAUCCUCGUUCUGUCCCAGAUUGGAAGAAUUGUUGAGAAUUCUGAGGCUGUUCCUGAGAUUCUGAAUAAUGCUGAACUAUUAAAACAGAUUGUUUAUUGCAUUGGUGGAGAAAAUUUAUCUGUAGCUGAAGCGGCUAUCAAAUCCCUGUCAAGGAUCUCACUCACCCAAGCUGGACUGGAGGCUUUAUUUGAAAGCAAUUUGCUGGAUGAUUUGAAAAAUGUAAUGAAAACAAAUGACAUUGUUCGAUACAGAGUGUAUGAGCUGAUUGUGAAGAUCUCUUCUGUGUCAUCAGAAUCUUUGAACUACUGUACCACGAGUGGUUUGGUGACCCAGCUCUUAAGGGAGCUGACUGGUGACGAUGUGCUGGUCAGAUCCACCUGUAUAGAAAUGGUGACGUCACUGGCAUGUACCCAGCAUGGACGGCAAUACCUCGCUCAAGAAGGAGUAAUUGACCAAGUUUCCAAUAUAAUUGUUGGAGCAGACUCGGACCCUUUCUCCGGCUUCUAUUUGCCAGGAUUUGUGAAGUUUUUUGGGAACUUGGCUGUUAUGGAUAGUCCUCAACAAAUCUGUGAGCGCUACCCUGUCUUUCUGGAAAAAGUGUUUGAAAUGACCGAAAGUCAGGACCCCACCAUGAUUGGUGUAGCUGUAGACACUGUUGGAGUCCUGGGAUCCAGUGUUGAAGGAAAACAGGUUUUACAAAAAGCAGGAACACGCUUUGAACGCCUGCUCAUGAGAAUAGGACAUCAAGCAAAGAAUGCAUCCACAGAGCUAAAGAUUAGGUGUUUGGAUGCAGUUUCAUCUCUCCUGUAUUUACCACCUGAGCAGCAGACUGAUGACCUCCUGAGGAUGACAGAAUCCUGGUUUUCCUCUUUAUCCCGGGACUCUCUGGAGCUCUUCCGUGGCAUCAGUAAUCAGCCUUUCCCUGAACUACACUGUGCUGCCUUAAAAGUGUUCACAGCCAUCGCAAACCAGCCCUGGGCUCAGAAGCUUAUGUUUAACAGUCCAGGUUUUAUAGAGUAUGUGAUGGACCGAUCUGUGGAACGUGACAAAGUUUCAAAGGAUUCAAAAUAUGAACUGGUAAAAGCACUUGCCAAUUCCAAAACAAUAGCAGAAAUCUUUGGGAACCAAAAUUAUUUGAGGCUCAGAGCUUACCUGAGUGAAGGCCCAUACUAUGUGAAGUCUGUUGCCACGACAGCAGUGGAAGGAGCUGAAUGACUUCUAGAGUCUCAUAUAGAGGACCAUGUUUGGACCAGAAUGUCUCCAAAGGCAUUGGAUUGCAUCUGUGUUUUAUAAAACAAGGCCUUUUCCCCGUGGCAGAGCUGUCAUGGAGUAUCUGAUACAAUGCUAUCAGCAACUUUGUUAUGUUUCUACAUUGAAACACCAAGUGGAACCAGGAAUUUGGAAUAGAUGAAAGGCAGUCGUGAACACAUGAGAAUUAGUGUUUUUCAGAUUCUGUGACUGCCAUAAUCUUUGCAACAAGAUAAAAGUUUUGUUGUCAGAAAAAUUUUAUGGACAUACUCAUAACCUUAUUUUUAAAAAUCUGUUGAAUUCUUCUCAUUUUUUUUAAUUUGGUCUUUUUUCUUCUGAUAGCACUUUCAAAAUUUGGAUAUAUCCUUUAAAAUGUAAGUAGUCUGGAAUUACUAAAUUAUGUUGUCUGUAUAAAG